GCACGGACCGUUCAAAAGGUCAAAAAUCAUCUGCCGUCAAAACGACGCCGCAUUUCUAAUCAAGUGCCACCAACCCCGCGAUCUCAAUCUCCAAGUCUCCGUGACUCCGUUGGAGUCCGUGGUAGCCGAAGAACAAUCGUCGGAUCCGAAAUCGAGAAAUGGGUGUGUCGGCGAAAAUAGCACCGUCUAUGCUCUCAUCGGACUUCGCCAAUUUGGCCUCCGAGGCUCACCGCAUGCUCAGCUGUGGCGCCGAUUGGCUCCACAUGGACAUCAUGGAUGGGCACUUUGUGCCAAAUCUAACCAUUGGUGCUCCAGUCAUUCAGAGUUUGAGAAAGCACACAACGGCCUAUCUUGAUUGCCACCUCAUGGUCACAAAUCCUCUUGAUUAUGUUGAGCCUUUGGGAAAAGCUGGUGCUUCUGGUUUUACAUUUCAUGUUGAGGUAUCCAAAGAAAAUUGGCAAGAACUAGUCCAACAAAUUAAGUCUAAGGGCAUGAGGCCUGGGGUGUCAUUAAAGCCUGGGACGCCUAUUGAAGAAGUUUAUCCCCUGAUUGAAGGUGAAAACCCUGUGGAAAUGGUCCUUGUAAUGACUGUCGAACCUGGAUUUGGUGGACAAAAGUUCAUGCCAGAGACGAUGGAGAAGGUCCGUGUGCUGAGAAAGAAGUACCCAACACUUGAUAUAGAGGUUGACGGCGGUUUAGGGCCUUCAACUAUUGACGUAGCAGCUGCAGCCGGAGCAAACUGUAUUGUCGCUGGAAGUUCAGUGUUUGGAGCUUCUGAGCCAGCCCAAGUAAUAUCCCUUUUGAGGAAGAAAGUAGAGGAAGCCCAGCAAAACAGUUGACAUGGUACAAGCUCAAAAUACAUGAUGAGUGGAUUGUCUCCAACAUAUUUACAGUAUGUACAUCACUGAUCUGUUUUGAAGAGUUAAUAUUCUAAGAAAUUAAUAAGAUGGUUUGAUUUAUUGAUGUAUUUAUGCUAUCAUCUGUGUUCUGUACUUUCUGAAGUGUGUAAUAAUGUCUUCAGAAGAGUUAUUCGAGUUCUGAGGCAAUACUUGCAAACAUUUUGGAAAUAGCUUUAUAUGAUACAAUACCAUUUGUUUUCA